CAGCAGUUACUAAUGGUUUUGAAAUAUUUGUGUCAAAAAAGGGGUGAAUAUUUGUUAAAACAAUUAAAAGAAUCUGGACCAAUUGAAGAAUAUCAAUUUGCCGCUGAGUCAAAUUCUCUCGUUGUCAAAGAUGCUGAAGAGUAUUAUCGUCUCAUGCUCUUUGAAAAUGUCAAAUCAUGGAACUUAAGAGAUUCACAUAUGGUUCGAACUUUGAAUCAAACAUUGGAUCACCUAACGAAAUGUUGUAAUGGUCGUCCUGCCAAAGCAGUUAUUUGGGCUCAUAACAGUGUGAUAAUAAUUAUGAACGAAUUAACAUUUAAAUUGGUGAUUAGUCAUUUGGGUGACGCGCGAAAUACUGAUAUGGGAAUGUCUCGUGGUGAAAUAAAUGUUGGACAAUUAGUUCGCGAACAAUUUGGCGAUAGAAAUCUUAAAUUUCCAAAUUUUCUCAUAAUCUUUGACAAAAUAACUUCUUCGUCUAAUCCUGAGGAGUUGAAAAAGGAAAUAAUUUCUAAAGAUUUAAUUGAAAAAUUAUCUGAACCGCUACUUGAAAGAGCAAUUGGUGUAAUUUACAGACCGAAUACAGAACGAUGGAGUCAUUAUUUUUCAGCAAAAUUAUCAAAGCAAUUUGAUGCGGAUGUGACAAGAGCUAUUAUGCCGAUUGACAAAUUUAAAGCGUUUAAAAAAGAAGAAGAAGAGAAUGUUCCGGCACUACCAGCUUUACCUGCAUUCCUAACAAUAUUUAAAACUGCUAAUGCAGUAAUAAUAAUUCGUGCAUUUAGUAAUUUAUUUCUUUCGAUCCUUCCUUUCGCUUUACGCAAGAAUCCAAACACCGGCAAAAGAAGAACAAUUCUCUUAUUCCUAUCAACAGCUUUUCCGUUAACAGGAUUUGGAAUUUUAUUCCUAGCAGGACUAGAACAAGCGCCACAUACAAAUCGAUGGAGAUUUAGAUUUAUGUCAGUAGAAGAAGAAAAAGAACUUUGUAAUUCGGCAUUUUUAUUACAUUAUGAUCAAUACAAGAAUAAAAUUUUAGAUGAUGGUAGAUUUGAAACUAUUUUUGUAAAACAUGUUGUGAAUAAUCUAGUUAAAGGAUUAAGCGAUGAUUUAAUGGUAUUAAGAACGUACAAGUUGGAAGGUUCAGAUUAUGAUAAUGUGAAAGUAAUGGAAAAUGCUGUGGUUGAGAAACCGGAACCUUUUGUUGUUUAUGUGGUUAAUGAUGAUACAUAUGCAGCAGGGAAAUACAAUCAAAAGGAAGAAAAAGAAGCAGAUUUUGUAGGUUUACAAUUAAUGGCUUUAUCGGGUUAUCAUCCCGGAAAAGCUGUAGAAUUAUGGUCUUACUUAGCAAUUAAUAAUAAAGAUCAAAUGGCUCUAGAAGAUUUACCAGAGUUUUAUUCAUCACACCCGAGUGAAUAUGCUAGGGCACAAUAUCUAUCUGAAGUGUUACCCGAUGCCCACAAGAUUUAUGAGGAAGUAAUUAAGAACAAAGGGAAAGCUAUACCUUUUAAUUUUAAAGAAAUCACGGAUAAACCUAAUGAAACAGUUCAAAAUAGGCCAUGGUUUAUAAUUAAAUUGUCUUAA